ACCAGCUACAUCCAAUACCUCAUAUGAACAGAAACCUUUGAUAUCUGGUACUGCUAGCUCGGGUCACUCCUCUAGCACGAGAACACAUGUAUAUAAGCUUGAAGGUCCUUCAUUUCCAGACCUUAGUAGAGAAGACGAAAUGCAAUACAGGAUGUUACGGAUGGCCCUUACAAACCUUCUUGAUCCUCAUGAGACAGAGCACUUCAAAUAUCAUGUCCUUCUUGAUCACCUCAAAGUAGACCAAGCUAAACGAUUAGCUCUUGCCUUUUCCUACGCUCCUGACCCAUACACUCAAGCUAUCAAAGCCCUUGAUGAGCGUUAUGGGCAACCAAGACAGCUGGCAUUGAAAGAGCUAAAGAAUAUACUGGAACUGCCUCCUAUCAGAGCAGGUGAUGGUCAGAGCCUUGAUAAUUUUGCUCUUCGAGUACAGGCUUUAGUUGGGUUGCUUAGCACUAUGGGAGAACAAGGACGUGCAGAACUAGACUGUGGCUCCCAUGUCGAUCGCUUGUUAGUGAAGUUGCCUGCAGAGCAUUUCAGUCGCUUCAAACGGCAUGUUUACAGGGAACAGGGAGAAAUGACGUAUACCUUGCCUUUGUUCUCAUCCUGGUUGCAAAUGGAAUGCAGGUGUCAACCAAAGAAGGCCAGUCCUGUUCCAUCCUUCAACCAGACACGACCUGCCCAGUUUUCCAUCAGCAGAGUUAGCUCGAACACUCCUAGACAAAUUAAGAAACCAUCUAUCAGAAGGAGGCUUCGACCUUCGCCAGUGGGCCAGCAAUAAUCCUGUUGUGAUUAGCCAU